CCUUACCUGUCAAGAGGGCGACAUCCAUUCCAACCAGUCUCAGAGCUGAGAUAACCUCUUCGACUCGAUUCGUUUCCUGGAAGAGGUCGUGUUUGGACACAAAAGAGAAGAAUGGAGUCUUCGGAUGGGUGCUGCUCACUUGGGAAAUACAUCCCAGCAAAUGUGAGGGCGGCAGCCAUGAAUACAUACUUCCCGUGGUCCGGGGCCGUCUGCUAUUCCGUGCUUAGUGCAUCCGUCAUUCACCCUAACCUCCUGCCCAGAAUCUUUCCCGAACAAGACGUCGGCACCGUGGAGAACGUCCUCCUGGUUGCAUCGCACAUGGGAAUAGGGGCAUUCAUGGCUGGCCGCCCCCACCUGAUGAGCCUCCCCUGCAAGCAGAGGUGGCUCUAUGCCACAUACCUCACUGUCCUGUUCAACAUGGGGUCCCUGCUGUCGUGGGCCGUGAUCAGAGUCGCCCUGCCGAGCAACGGCUUCAUCCGGGUACUGCUCGGGUUCCUCAUCGGCGGCUCGACGCUCGCCGUGGGACACAAGUAUCUCAAGCAUGUCGACAAGAAGGCGUGAGGGCGAUGGUGUUCUUUGGCGAAGUUGAUGCUGUAGGCCUAGUGUAUAUUCUGAGAUGGCCUGGUGGAAUUUCAGAGCUAUUGACAUAUAUGUGAUGGUUCUUGUCAUUUUCUGCUGAGGUCAAUGGAAUGGAAAAUUCUAUUCAAUUAUGGCAUCUUUAUGGGUCUGUGCUAAAGACUAGUCAGUGACUGUACUUAAUGUACAUCAACACAUUAGAAGUUGCUUCUGUAGGAAUAAUUCUCCCAAAGAUGAAACAAAGAGUGCAGGAAGUCCCAAGGAAGCAUUGCAAAUGCUCUAGAACCUUGCCCGCACACCAAUUCCCUUUGCUGCACGUUAUUUUGGUCUUUUUAAAAUUUUGGUUGCCUGUGGGAGAAAUGGCAGGCCACUAUAUUCCUCUCAUCUGAGUUUGGGUGUUUAAUUUGAAACAUAAUUUACUUGCAUUGAUUGAUGAGUUUAUUUGGAUAAAUACAUGUCAUUGCUUCUGAAUGCGAUUUCCAAUCAUAUUAUUUCAAUGAAUUUCAUGAUUCAAUUGAAGUAAACUUUCCUUCUAC